GCAAGUAAAACAAUUUUGUGUAAAGCAAGAUUAAAAUGAUGAAAAACAAAAAGGAGCCCAAGUUUUCCUAAAUCAACAUCAGAUUUGAUCUAAAUAAAAGACUUAAAUCUUUUAAAAGUAACUAUGAUCUUAAAUCUGGCAAAAUUUAGCAGGCAUUUUUCCAAACUGGAGAGGGGGGGGGGGAGGAUAUUUCUCCCAAGAAUCAUUGCCAAGCCCAGUCUUUUACCAACUACAAAUUUAAGGCAUACUUUGUAAUUAUACUGAACUGAGUAAACAGAUAUGCAAUUUUGUAUGGGAUCGAGUUCAAUGUCUACAUUAACUCAGUGGCUUUGUUCGCAGAACACCCUGAGUCAUAAAGUUGCCAGCCACAUUUUAGCGUAGGGGUUACUUGCGCAACCUCAACAAUGACUGAGUAAACAAUAAACACGGUUUAGCCGGUCGUGGGAACACAGCCAAGGCAACCUACUCCAGCCUUUCCGCCCCUCCCACCACCCACCACAACCCCCAAAAGCUACGCGAUGCCUCCUCGGCGGAAUCGGUUCAGUGUUUCCUCGGCUACAGCCCGAAGCGAAGGAAAACAGAGUCGUCCUUUCUCUCCGCAGCGCGCUGCGGCGGGGACGUAUCUGGCCUGCGACGGAUCGAACCUCCCAAGCGGAACUCUCACUCUUCAUGGGGGUGUAACAAACCCGGAGAAUAAUGCGAGAAGAAAACGAAAGUACGUGUUGCAGAGAGUGAACUUCUUUCAUGAGAUUGGCUGAGGUGAACUGGAAGGCGGAGAGAGCGGCGAGAGCGAGAAGGGGCUGGUGGGAAGCUGUUUCCUAGGUAAAUUACGUGUUACCGGCGACGGAGCUGAGCAGGAAAAGCCGCCACCGCGGAUAGAAGAAACAGGAAGCGAGUUCGAUUGCCGCUUCUACCCGCGCUUGAGUAGUUCUGACAUCCAGUCCAUCUUUCCAAGAAAACCAAGAGAAAAGAUGGUUUGCACAAAUAAGCUUAAGUGGCCAGAAUUACUGUGAAUGAAUUCUGAACAGAAAAGCAACAAUUUGAACUCCCUGGAUACAGUGGCUUCAUAUGGACAUAACAUUAAGCUAGUGGCAAUGCCUGGCUGACUUAUCAAAAUUUAAAAGGUCCAUGUGGUUAUGAUAUUUAAAUUCUAUAAUGCCUCCUGCCAUGGCAGAUAUCCUGGACAUCUGGGCAAUAGAUUCACAUAUAGCAGCUGAUAGUUCAAUCACUGUGGAUUGCCUGCUUCCCACUGGAAUUUACAUCAGUCUAGAAGUUCCUCGUGAUGCCACUAUUUGUCAUAUCAAACAGCUAUUAUGGAAACAAGCACACAGCUAUCCUCUAUUUCAUCUUCUUCUGGAGAUUGAUUCCUACAUGUUCUCCUGUGUGAACCAAACAGCCGUACGUGAGGAACUGGAAGAUGAAACCCGAAGACUCUGUGAUAUUAGACCAUUUCUUCCUGUUCUCCAGUUAAUUACAAGAAGCUGUGAUCCAGGAGAAAAGUUAGACUCUAAAAUAAGUGUUCUCAUAGGAAAAGGCCUCCAUGAAUUUGAUGCCCUACAAAACCCAGAAAUCAAAGAAUUUCGGCUCAAGAUGCGACAAAUUAGUGAAGAGAAAAUGCAGUCACUGAUGGGAUUAUCUACGAUGAAUUGGUUAAAGCACACAUACCCACCAGAAUUACAACCAGCAAUCCAGGACAACUUCCAGGAUAAACUUUAUGGUGGCAAUAUUGUUGUGGCUAUCCAUUAUGAAAACUGUCAGGAUGUAUUUAGUUUUCAAGUGUCUCCUAAUAUUAACCCUAUUAAGUUGAAUGAAUUGGCAAUUCGGAAAUGGUUGACUAUCCAUGGAAAAGAAGAUGAAGAAGUUGAUCCUUGUGAUUAUGUGUUACAAGUUAAUGGAAGAAUGGAAUAUGUUUUUGGGGAUCAUCCAUUAAUUCAAUUCCAGUAUAUCCAUUGUUGUGUAAUAAACAGAGCUCUUCCUCAGCUGACACUUAUUGAAUGCAGCACAAUUAAAGCAAUGUAUGAACAGGAAAUGAUCGCUAUCGAAGCAGCAGUAAAUCGAAAAUCAAACAAUCUUCCUCUUCCUCUACCACCCAAAAAAUCACGUUUGACUCAAAGUGUCUGGGAGAUUGGUCACCCUUUCAAAAUUUUGCUAGUAAAUGGUAGCAAAUUGAAUACAGAAGAAAUUGCCAAAGUUCAUAUCAGGGCUGGCCUCUUCCAUGGCAAUGAACUCCUUUGUAAACCUAUUGUAAGCUCCGAAAUAACAGGGAGAAAUGACCAUGUUUGGAAUGAACCCUUGGAAUUUGACAUCAACGUCUGUGAUUUGCCGAGAAUGGCUAGAUUGUGCUUUGUGGUUUAUGCUGUUAUGGAUAAAAUGAAAAAUAAAAAAUCAGCCAAGGCACUGAAUCCUUCCAAAUACCAGACCAUGAGGAAAGCUGGGAAAGUGCACUAUCCUGUGGCAUGGGUCAAUACUAUGGUAUUUGAUUUUAAAGGACAGUUGAAAACUGGAGAUCUUCUUUUGCACAGCUGGUCAUCAUUUCCUGAUGAACUGGAAGAAAUGUUGAAUCCAAUGGGAACGGUACAGACUAAUCCAUAUACUGAAAAUGCAACAACUUUGCAAAUCAGAUUUCAAGAAUAUUCAAAAUGUCCUAUUUAUUACCCCCCUUUUGAUAAGAUACUUGAAAAAGCAGCGGAGAUUGCAAGGAACAGUGAUUGUUCUGGCAUGGCAGGUCGUGGUGGCAAAAAAUCUAUUGAGCUAAAGGAGAUCAUGGAAAGGGACCCCUUAUCUCAGCUGUGUGAAAAUGAAAUGGAUCUCAUUUGGACAUUACGAUUUGGUCGUGAAAAUUUUCCACAAUCCCUGCCAAAACUGUUGCUUUCUGUGAAAUGGAACAAGCUUGAAGAUGUUGCACAACUUCAGGCUCUUCUUCAGAUAUGGUCAAAACUGCCUCCCCGAGAAGCAUUAGAAUUACUAGAUUACUAUCCUGAUCAAUAUGUAAGAGAAUAUGCUGUGGCCUGUUUACGACAAAUGAGUGAUGAAGAACUUGCUCAGUAUCUCCUGCAGCUUGUGCAGGUCCUGAAAUAUGAAGCUUUUCUUGACUGUGCCCUCUCCAGAUUCCUAUUAGAGAAAGCCCUGGCAAACAGAAGGAUAGGACAAUGUUGUUUUGGCAUUAAGAUCAGAAAUGCAUAUCCUGCAGUUUCUUUGCAGUUUGGAGUGAUAUUGGAAGCCUAUUGUCGUGGAAGCAUCACUCACAUGAAUAGCAUUUUCAAAUAUGUAUUUCAGGUUGAAGCACUGAAUAAGCUGAAGACUUUGAAUAGCAUAAUCAAGCUGAAUGCCAUGAAACAAAGCAAAGCUAAAGGGAAGGAUACAAUGCAUACCUGUUUAAAGCAAAACGCUUACAAAGAGGCUCUUUCUCAUCUCCAGUCCCCUCUAAAUCCGUCAGUCUUACUUUCAGAACUUUGUAUAGAGAAAUGUAAAUAUAUGGACUCAAAAAUGAAGCCUUUAUGGAUAGUAUACAGUAACAAAGCAUUUGGUGCUGACAUGGUGGGAAUCAUUUUUAAAAAUGGAGAUGAUCUACGACAAGACAUGUUAACUCUUCAGAUGUUACGUUUAAUGGAUUUACUUUGGAAAGAAGCUGGGCUAGAACUUCGAUUGUUGCCUUAUGGCUGUUUAGCAACUGGAGAUUAUUCUGGUUUAAUUGAGGUGGUUUCAGCUUCUGAAACAAUUGCAGACAUUCAACUCAACAGCAGUAAUGUUGCAGCAGCUGCUGCAUUCAACAAAGAUGCUCUGUUAAAUUGGCUUAAAGAAUACAAUACUGGAGAAGAUUUGGAUCAAGCUAUUGAGGCAUUCACUUUAUCUUGUGCUGGCUACUGUGUAGCUACUUAUGUCCUGGGUAUUGGAGACCGACACAGUGACAAUAUCAUGGUCAGAAAGAAUGGUCAGCUGUUUCAUAUAGAUUUUGGUCAUAUUCUUGGAAACUUCAAAUCCAAAUUUGGAAUUAAAAGAGAACGAGUCCCUUUCAUCCUUACAUGAUUUAUUCAUGUCAUCCAGCAAGGAAAAACUGGAAACACAGAAAAAUUUGGUCGGUUCCGCCAAUGCUGUGAAGAAGCAUACUUGAUCCUGCGAAGACAUGGCAACCUAUUUAUCACUUUAUUUGCACUGAUGUUAACAGCUGGGCUUCCAGAGCUAACCUCUGUUAAAGACAUCCAAUAUCUAAAGGACUCUCUUGCCUUAGGAAAAAAUGAUGAUGAGGCAUUAAAACAGUUUAAGCAGAAAUUUGAUGAAGCACUCAGAGAAAGUUGGACUACAAUGAACUGGAUGGCGCACACAGUUCGGAAGGAUUACAGAUCCUAAAUGGUGGAUGAAUUUGCACUAACCUUAGAAGUUAUCCUGACAAUAAAGCAUUAAAGGAGAACAAAAACCCUAACUAUUUUAAAAGACACCCAAGAAAAUUACCUAAAGAUUCCUGAUUGUUUGGCACUCUGCUUUGGGAAUGUUUCAACAAGAUUUUGCAGAGUCAGUAAUCGCUUCUGCUUACUUUGCACACUGAAAGUGACUACUAAAGUUUUAUAUUGUUUUGAUACAGUGUAAAUAUUUGGGAUUUUUAUUGCUUAGACUCAAACUGAUUAGAUAGAGAUUUUUUUUGAAGAACUGGUACUAAACUUCACUAGAGGUUUUUACGCCUUUAAUUUUGCUUCAAGUGAACUUUAAAUGCAUCAAUAUAUUUUUACUGGCAUAAACAUACAUUCUACAUACAGCAUUAUAAUAUUGCACAACUAAUAGCUGCUUAUUGGUUUCUACUGCUGCCAGAAAAGAGAACUCUAUACUGUACUUAAAAAUGGGAAAAUGUAAACAGAUUAUGCCUUUUAUUAUAUAGUUGUAUAAUGUGUUCAGUGUAAUGUUUUAAAUUUUAUGUGGAGAAUUAUAUUUAAAAUAUUUUUCAGCUCUUGGAAAAUUCUACAAAAUGGACUGCUGAAUCUCUUUUUAAAAAAUCCAUAGCAUCUGAAAUGUUGGAUAAUGUCAAUAAAAAGGAGUUAGCCUUUCAGUUUUCCAGUAAUAUCUGGAACAGACAGAUUGUCCACUCCCGUGUAAUAUAUGUAAGCAUAAAAACAGGAAUAAAUACAAAACAAAAUCUCCUUACAAGGUUUAUAUAUAUGUCCCAAAAUCUGUGUUUGUUAAAACCUAGAGGUUUGAAGAAAAGUUCCACUUUUAAAAGGAAUCUCAAAAUGAAGACAAAUCCACUAUGCUAUACUCAGUGACAAAACAUUAAAAAGGAAAAAACAGAUGAAUUAAAACAAUUAUAUGAAUGAUUCUGAUUCUUUUGCACCUUGUUUGGGAAUGCUUCAGCAAGUUUUUGUAAAAUUAGUAUUCUAAUUCUGAUUAGAAUUCUGAUUAUAAUUAUUAUAACUGUCUGAUUCUGCAUGUUGUAAUAUUCUUUGUGAUAAAAGUAUUUUCCCAGGAUGUUUGUAUUCAGCCUUAAAAUGACUGUGAUUGAAAAACUGGACAUACUUUAAUUUAUGAAACGAGGUACCAUGUUUUAAGGCAGCAUGCCCUAACCUUUUGGGCACUAGGGACCGGUUCUGUGGAGAUACAUUUUUACACAGACCAGAGGGGGGCGUGAUUUCAUGUGCUGCCUACAUCCUGUGGAUGAGACAUCACUUGUUUGCGCAGCCCAGUUUCUGCCAUGUAACGGAUUGGUGCCAGUCCAUGGACUGGAGGUUGGGGACCCGUGCUUUAAGGUGCUUAAAAGAACAGUUCAAAUUAAAAGUGCAAUAGAAUAUUUUGGUUUAAAGAUAUAACAUGAAAUAUUUGAAAAAAAUGGCAAAAUGUAUUUGUAAUGGGCUCUUGCUUGCCAAAGAACCUAAUAGCUGUUAAUUUCUGUUGUGGGUGAGUGAACAUAUAAUCAAAACAGUGAUUUUUAAAUAGAAUUGCAUAAAACUAUUAUAUUUUGUCGAAGACUUGUUUCUCUAAACAUUGUGAAUAAUGAAUGUAGUUCUUGUUUAAAAUCUUGUCAAAAUGUUCAAAUACUGAUAAUACAAGUGUGUAGCUAAAUUACAAAAUACGUUGUAUUAACAAGUAAUUGUUACAGAAGAUCCCCAUUCAUUUCAUUAUUGAAAGGUCAAUUUUUAGCUUUCAUUUUCAGUUCAUUGCUUUAAAUGAUCUUAUUACUAUUAAUUUUAAAAUACAUAUUUUGCUACUGAUGACAAUGGAA